AUGAGCGAUUUGGCUAUUAUUACAUUAUGUCAAGCUCUCGCAAAUAUAACUCAUAAUCGUUGUCAUUUAAUUGAAAAUUCAAAUACAUGUAGAUGCAUCGAUAAUAUAAUAGACCAAAGACCAUCUGCGGUUGUCAGUACGGCACCUCAUAUAAUGUUGAGUGAAGCCAUUUUAAUAUUUUUUGUUUUGGCAUUAUGGUUUUCAGCAAUUGGAUUUUGUCUAAACCAAUAUAAAUCACUUCGUCGCCUUGAAACGCAAGUGCACUAUUGUGCUAAUCGAAAAGAUCCAUUGAACAUAGGCGAUAUCAAAAUAGUUGCACGUGAACAAGAUUCAAUAAUAUAUAAGAAAGCACGUUAUUCAACUGCUCUUGAAACUCAUAUUAAUCGUGAUGAAUUAAAGUCUAUGCAAUAUGUUAAAGAAUAUUUACCAAAAAAUGCAUCAAUAUCAUUAGCUAUGGAAGUUCUUUCUGGUAGUGGAGAAGAUCUUACUUCCAGUAUGCCCGUAUCAACAACUACCACAACUUUGUACAGUCCAUCAGGAUUUUUAACAUCGACACCAUACGUUCCAUUAAGUACACACAAUGAACUAGUUGAAGAACAACAAUCACUAUCGGCUCCUCCACCAUCAUUAGAAUCUUUUGUUUCAUUAGAAACCGAUACUAAUCAAUUUAUUAACUAUAUUUUCGAUGCUAAUCGACCAGGAACUAGUCACUUAUCGGCAGGUCUCAAUAUUCCGCAUAUUUCCACACCAAAUAGCUCAUCGUCAUCUUGGAACGGUUCUCGAAUACAUGAAACGAGUUGUUCAACACAACAUUUAUGUGUACCAUCAGCUACUCUCAGAUCAAAUCGUUAUUCAGAUGGAAACAUAUCUUUAGCUGUUCCACAAACUCCACAGAGGAAUUCAGAAAAUUGUGAUAACCAAUUACUUGAUCCUCGACUGAUACCCAAUACAGUUCGCCGUAGUUUAUUAGCUUUACAUCGUGAAAGUCAAGAUAAUAUUCAUAUGCAACGUACGAAAGAAAAGACUCAAUCAGAAAAUGAUGUUCAUAUUGCCUUUAUACCAUGGAAAAUAAAAAUGAAAUCAAAAUUAAAACGCACUCAUCAUCAUCAUCAUAGUUAUCAACAACAGCCACAAACUCGCCCACAUUCAAAUACCUUUUCGAUUUUAUCCUUACGACAAAAUAGUAAUGAUCAAGAACGACGCAUAGCAGAAUAUGUCAAAAUGAAUGAUGAAUAUCGAUUUUCAACUCCGUCAUCAUCAUAUAAUCGUCCUGUAGAAAAAAAUCCUACAAUUCGACGAAGUUUACGACAUUUUCCACAAUAUACAACACAGAGUACAACUGAGAGUGACCCAACACAAAAUGAUUUGCCAAUGAUUACAAGUACUAAUCUCUCAAAUAAUAAUGAUGAAUUAGCUAAAACAAUAAUUCAAACUGAUCUCAUUUCCCCAUGA